AUGAAGAUUCUUUUAUUUGUGUUUCUGUUUCUAUUGUUGGCUGCGUUAGGUUUCUGCUUUUUUGAAGAAAGCGUUUUGGAGGAUAGCUCGUUUCCAUCUCUUUUCGCGACAGAAGGAGACUAUGACGGCGAUGAAAGCGAAAAUUAUGAUGACGAUGGUGAUGGUGGUGAUGAUGAUGAGUACUCAUUAACUCUUCAAGUAUCGUCCAUUAAUCCCCUCAGUGAGCCCGAAGGUUCCUCGGACGCAGUGAUAGCCGCAAAUAGAGACUCUUUUGGGACGCUUCUUUCGCUUCUAAAAUCCCAAGUGUCCAACUCUGACCCCAAUGCCAAGUAUAAAUUUGGCCGCGUCAUAGGAAAGGGCUCCAAAGGUGUCGUGAUGGAGGCCACUAAUCGCUUUGCCGGUCAAAAGGUUGCAUUCACUGGUGAUUUUAUUUCGCUUUUCCUGUUGUUUUCAUCAUCUAAUCCAAUUGGUCCAACAGCUGGUGGACGGAGAGACACUUCGCACGGUCCCUCCACAUUUGGUCUCUGA